GAUAAGACAAAAAUUAACUUUCUGCAUUUCUUGCAGAGAAUUUUGAAGAAAUAUUCAUCACAAUUUAUGAAGAACUUUUUUGUCGAAGCCAAUUCAGCUGCCAAUAGUUUCCCGGAUACACACAGAUGCGCCAUCCAUUCAAAAGUACAUACAUAUGUGUGUAUGUAUGUAUGAAUUUAUCUAGCAAAAACAGAAAACGUGCGCCGUUUUUAAGCACUGUUAGAAAUCAGCUGGACGCAGGAUAAAUAAAGAAAAGGAUAAAUUGAAUUUAAAAAAGUGUAAAAUGGAUGGAAAUCUUUGGGAUUUGGCUGUGAAAACGUACAACCAUGUGGUCACCGCAGAGCUGCGCAUCAACGAACUGGUGCAGGAGCGCUUGAGCCUUGGCGAUCCGCUGUGGCGUUUUCUUAGCGUUUACCUGGAGCCGGGACUCCUCUUCAAUCUGGUGAUUCCCCUGUGCGGCAUCUACAGCCAGGCUCUGCUCACUCGGUUGCUCUUUGCGGUUGGUCUGGCCAGCACGCUCAAUUCCUUUGCCAAGUGGAUACUUCCCGAGCAGCGUCCUUUGUGGUUGCUUCGAGAGAUCUACGCCAGCAAUGUGCGCAGCCCCAGCCCCGGGGUCGCAUUGGAGAGCCAUCCGCUGAGCUGUGAAACGACUGCUGGCAUGCCCUGUGCCCAUUCCAUGUCCUUCACGAUGUUCACGCUUACCAUCUGGAUGUUCCUCUACGCUCACUCCCGCCAGCGGUGGCUCGCCGGUACAGUGGUCCACGGCUUGAUUUUCUGCAUGUGGCUAAGCCGCCUGUACUUAGCCACGGAGUUUUUGCACCAAUGCGUCCUGGGCACUUUCAUUGGCAUUCAGGUUAUGGACGCACUCGACCAAAAGAAUGACUAUUUGUGGUCGAGGCGUCGUCGCUGGGCAGUGACUGGAGUGUUCCUGCUAGGUGGCCUUGCCACAGCAGUGUAUUUUGUGAAGCUUAGCCUGGACAUCGAUCCGCAUUGGUCGGUACGCGAGGCCUUCAAGUGGUGCCCAGAUCCUUCAUAUAUGCGACACGAGGCAAGUCCCAUUUUCUUUCUGGUGCGCGACUUGGGAAUUCUCAUGGGCAUAGCUCUGGCAUCGCCCCUCUCUAAUCUGGACACCAAAAAUGCAUCACUUUGGCGACGCUGCAUUGUCCUGGCAAUUCUGGAGCUGUUCAACUUCGGAAUGCGUUGGGCCACGCCCAAGCAAAAUGGACGUUUCGCCUUCUUGGCCUACGAGCUGUUCAGAAAUGCUGUGCACUCUCUGUUACUUCUAAAGAACCUACCAAGACUCUGGUAGUUUUAAGUUAAAUAAUGACUUGGGCAGUGCUUUUGGAUUUCUUUGUGAUUAGGGAGCUUAAUCACAAAGAAAUCCAACGAUUAGGUAUGUAUUUUUUAAAUAGUUAAAUAUGUUUAAAUAGCACAUAGGACUAGAUGUGAAAGAAUGCUUCCAACUAAAGAUUAAAUUUAAUAGAACCAUCAAUUUGCGCAUCCCUAGAGGCUAUAUUGAAUACAACUUUGUUUGUAAAUAUUCCAACUUUUUCUGAAGAAUGCUCGUAUGUUAAAAACAGAAAUCCUCCCUAGAAAUUUACGAAAGGAAUAGCAAAUUAAUUAUUUUAACAGCGCGUCUAACCGAAUAUCGAAAUGAUAAAUAAUAAAAGAUAUAGUAUUUAGUAGAAA